CGUGAGCAGUAUAUUAAUGAUCUGUUCAUAUUCAGUUACGGGUCGUUCUCUUUCUUCUGUCUCGUUUCAGAUCCAGACCCCUGCAGACGUCCUGGACCUGGAUUCUCACAUAUCGGACACAACGCUCCGGCUAAAGAGAAGCAGCCUCUUCACAGCUCCCUGCUGUCUCUGGAGCAGAGGAGAGUUUUUGUGACCUACGAAGCCGACGACGACAAACACGUCAACGAGAUCAUCAACUUUGUGGCUCUGCUGCGACACAACGGCUUCGACACUCACAUCGACAUCUUCGAGCAGCAGUUCAGGAGCAUCAGCAAGAUCGACUUCAUGGAGCGCUACCUCAGCGAGAAGGAGUACCUGAUCAUCAUCAUCAUCAGUCCGAAGUACUACGACACCGUGACGGCCUCUCCUGUCGGUCAGAACGACGAGCGGACCUUCAACACGGUCUACAUCCAUAAACAGCUCCAGAACGAGUUCAUUCACAACGGGAGCAAGAACUUCAGGUUCAUUCCCAUCGUGUUCCCCGGGGCUAAGAAGUGUCACGUCCCAAACUGGCUGCAGAACACUCACGUCUACCAGUGGCCGCUCCACCGCGACGACAUCCUGCGGCGGCUGAUGAGAGUCGAGAAGUACAACCCUCCUCCGAUCGGAGAGCUGCCGACCAUCGUCUCCAUCCCCUUAUAGAGACCUCGUGACCCCGUGACCCCUGGAGACGCAAAAUAAACGCACCCUUUGCUUUUCUGGAUCACUGCUGGAGGUGAACGGGGGGGGGUGUUACAUGUGCAGGCGGUUUUUAUCUUUUUAUUUUGAGUGUGAAUGUGAUGUUUAAGGAGCAGUUCACCCCAAAAAUAUAAAAAAUACAGUAUGUGUGCUUCUUAGUGCUAUUAAUCAAAUCAGGCCUGAACUCUGAAGAGGGGACGAUGUGGAGGGUAGAUCGUCCAUGAAGUAGAUUUCAUUCUGCUGAAACUCACUUUGCAAAGGAAAUAGCUGAAGAGCGUUCAUCUGUUUCAUGCGGUUUGUUGGUAACCCUGCUGACAAUCACAAACAGCCCUCGAGCUUCUUACGCAAUGGAAAGUCUGUUCACUGCUCCAGUUAAUAGGACGAGCCUUAAACACGACUCCACCUUUGUCUCCGCUACAAGCCAGAAAGCUAACGUUCUGCUAGCAUAGAUUCAAAGUUUACAUAACACGGCGUAGUACAUUAGAUUAUUAAUCAUCAGUGGGGGAACUCAUUUACCACCAAAUCAACUCAGACAACAACAGACAGAAAAACACAUUUCAACGAACAAAUAAGACCAUAAAAAGCCCUUUGAGACAUUAAUAACAUCAUAAAGAUGCUAAAUCUAAAAUAAUGUGACUGCUGCUGCAAGCAAAGAGCUUCUGAUGGUUCAGUAGAACGCUGCGGUACAUAUUAUGUUUAACAAUAAGAGUAGAUCCAUCUGUCAUCUAUCAACGUAACGUUACGCCAGUAAGAUUGAAAGUCAAUAACGUUGAAUAGAACUACAGGUGAGAGGACAUGUGUGUAGUUUUUAUGUUAGGGUGAACUGUCUCUUUAAGGGUGCUGCGUGAACCUUUCACCUUGUUGCAUAAACAUAAUUAGUCUUUAAAUUCCACAGAAAGGUGUCGGUGUUGACGUGAAGCCGCAUGUUUAAAUCUGUGACCUCUGAACUCUGCUGGUCCACUAGUAGAACGUUUACGUCUUUUUAAAGCUUCAUUUGUUUUCUUCUCAUGUGCAUGUGUGUUGUAUGAUUUAUUAGACACCAUAUGAGCUUUAAUUUCACCAAGUCUACAGACGGACGUGUUGUCUUCAUUAUCAGAGUUGAUCUGAAGCAAACAGCUGGAUGCAGUUAUUGUUGUUGAGAGUGAAACAUAACACACGAUGUCUGCAGACUCAUUCACUUUUGUUAUACUUCACAUUAUAUCACAUGAUUAAAUGUAUAUUGUUUUCAUGUAUUUCUACUCAUAAAAAGGUGUUUCACAGGUAAACAGCGCUUCAUGAAUAAAGACAGACGACCUGA